UUGUCGGUUUUCAGUGAAGCAGAGAGAGAUUAUUUCUCAUUGGAUGUCCGCUUUCGUAAUGUGCCCAGAAUAAUUUAUGGCUGUGCCGUGCUCAUGCUCUGUAUGCAGUACAUAAGCUCCAAGAUCGUAUCGACGCAAUCGUUUCGAUGGUAUUGUUUCACUUUAGUGCUGAGGAUUCACCAAGUGCUUCUCAACGUCCUCGCCUGCUAAGGAUAAGUUAAACCGACUUGCCCUACACUAAGCCCAAAAAUCAACAAGCCUAUGUAAAUGUACUGAUGUAUGUAUAUGUAUGUUUUUUGCUAUGAACUCCGACUUCAUUCACCCUCCCAGUCAUGAAGCUGCUGCCCGUUCUCCUGCUGGUGGUCUGUGGGGCCCUGGCCAAGCCAGGGGACCUCUCCAAGAUGCCGCCCCGGCUGGCCGAGUUCUUCAAGAAGAACUUUGGCACCCCUGGCGGCGCCAAGCCCCCGGCACGCGAGGAGGUCUCAUACACCCUGGUCGAGAAGAACGACAAAUUUGAGGAGCGCAUCUACCCGGCCUGGAACUGGGUGUGCAUCGAGGUGAAGUCCGAGGGAGACCACAUGAUGGACUUCCUCGAGCUGGCCAUGUACAUGCAGGGUGAGAACGCCGCCGGCGAGCUGAUGCAGCUCACCAUCCCGGUGAUGAUGCAGCGCCGCGCCGGCGGAGGUGCGGCCAUGUGCGCGCCGCUGCCGGCCUCCCACCAGGCCAGCCUCCCGGCGCCGCUGACGGAUAACAUCCGUCUGGUGGCCGUGCCGCAGACGGCCGUCUACGUGCGCCGCUUCGGCGGCGUGGCACAGCGCAAGGACUGGGCCGAGCAGGCUGGCACGCUGCAGCGUCACCUCACCGAGGCCGAGCGCGCCUUCCAGAGCACCGUCAUCUCGGCCAUGUUCUCCGACCCGGCCCAGCGCGAGGGGCGCCGCAACGAGAUCUGGCUCAUCAAGGCCUGAGCGCGCGCCACUACCAGCCGCGGACGGCGGCACUCCCAGUGUGUCCCGGCUGCCAGUCACUGAUGGCGUCAUCAAAGGCUGAUGAUGUCACAGGUUGUUGACGUCGGACACCGUAAGAUGCUGUCCUUAGAUGUUGUGUCGUUAUAAACGAUCGGACAUUGCCGAAAAUGACCAGAUAUAUGAUUAUGGUUUUGGUAAUCCUUCAUUUUAUUUGGCGUAAACUGAGCGGAUGUCUGUUUAUCUACCUAUCCUUACCUAUAAUUUUGUUUUUAUAAAUCAACGUGUUCUAGACAUUUGUUUGAACUCCCCUAUCUUCACAGCAACAAAGCUGUUCAAAUACACAUUUCUUUCUUCUAGCUGCCGUUUACAUCGUA